UGGGAGUGUAUCAUACUCCAAAAGGGAAAGGGUGAAGUUGAAGGAGUCACUGACAAAGUGACAAUGGAAUAGAUGGAAUAGAGUUAUGUAUGGAAAUUUUGAGCAUUGACUUGAUGACUUAUGUGUGGAAAUUUUGAGCAUUGACUUGAUGACUUAUGUGUGGAAAUUAUUAUUAUUCAUACAUAUUCAUUUCAUCAUAUAUCAAAUGUUUUCCAAGCAAAGCUAAGCAAACCAAACCUAACAGGAAGUUUAAUGUUGUGAGUGUCUCUACAAAGCCACCAUUAGCUGCUAAAAUGGAGUGUUGGGCUUGUAGUAAGCAUAAAUCAUUGCUAUGUUGGCUGUUGAUGUUAAUGAUGAUACAUAUUCUAAUAAUGGCUGGGCAUACACAAGGGGAUUGCGUAGAAGAGGAGAGAAAGGCACUACUGGAAAUCAAAACCUCCUAUAUGAAGUCAUAUGGUUCUGAAAUUGACAAUUUUCUCCCUACCUGGGUUGAUUAUGGUGGUGGUACCCCUGGGGAUGGUGGCAGCAACUGCUGUGAUUGGGAGAGGAUCAACUGCAGCACAACAACAGUGCAUGUGACAGACCUCUCUUUGUACAAUUUAAGAGGGGUGAUAGGGUUCGAUGCUUACUGGUAUAAGGAUGAAAGCAAGCUGUGGCCAUUGAAUGUUUCCUUGUUUCUUCAUUUUAAAGAGUUGACAAGUCUCAAUUUGUCACAGAAUUCUCUUGAUAAAGAGUUCAUGAAGUCAGGGCUUGAAAGGCUGUCGAGUUUGAAGAAGUUGGAGGUACUAGACCUUAGUGGGAAUCGUGAUAUCGAUAACGACAUCCUUCCAUCAUUAAAGACACUCACUUCACUCAAAGUCUUGGAUCUUAGCGACACUAGCUUGAAUGGAAACUUCCCUACCAAUGAAUUUGGUGCUUUAGAGAACUUGGAGGUGUUGGAUCUAAGCUAUUGUCGCUUCAAUGGUACCUUUGAGGUUCAAGGUUCUGAGAGGGUUUCCAUAUUGAGGAAAUUGAAAAGUUUAAAUCUUGCGGGCAACUGGUUUAAUGAAAGCGUCAUAACAUCUCUAAAAGCCCUUUCAUCGCUUACAAACUUGGAUCUUAGCUACAAUCAAAUGCCGGGACCAUUUCCAGCUCAAGAAUUAUCACAUCUCACUAACCUGGAGGAGCUGGAUUUAAGUUCUACCCAUCUCAAUGGCACACCAAAUAUCCAAGAUUGUAAGACCUUAUCGAGAUUGAAAAGGCUGAAGAGUAUAAAUCUAUCAUAUAACAAUUUCAACAAGAGCAUCAUAUCAUGCCUAACUGCCCUCCCAUCCCUCAAGAUUCUUGACCUUACAUCUUCUUUUUCAUGGGGAAGUUCCUUUCCUGUCCAAGAAUUCCUUAAUUUGUCUGAUUUGGAAGUCCUCCUCUUGAGCAGUAAUGGUUUCAAUGGAACAAUACCAAUUGAAGCUUUUGCAUCUUUUCACCAUCUGGAGGUCUUAGAUUUGAGUUGGAACAGUUUUGUUGGGAGCGUCCCAUCAGCAAUACAGGCAUUAUCUUCCCUAAGAGCUCUCUCAUUUGCUCGCAAUAAGCUCAACGGCUCAUUACCGGAUCAUGGGUUGUGUGAGUUGAAGAACCUCCAUGAGUUGGAUCUUAGUGGCAACAUGCUCCAUGGAACUCUGCCUCAGUGUUUGAAAAAUCUAUCAUCUCUUAAGUUGUUGGAUAUUUCUUCAAACCAAUUCUCAGGGAUACUUAAGCCAUCCCUCAUUGCUAAUCUUACAUCUCUCGAGUAUAUUGAUUUUAGUCAUAACAAAUUUGAAGGUUCAUUCUCCUUCAGCUCCUUAUCCAAUCAUAUAAAGCUUGAGGUCGUUCGAUUCGGAGGCGAUAAUGACAAAUCUGAGGUGGAAACAGAAGAGCCUAUAGGUUGGAUUCCAAUGUUCCAGUUGAAAAUUCUUGAGCUAUCUAAUUGUAAUAUGAAAAUGCCUAAAGGACAUGUCAUUCCUGGGUUUCUAGUUCACCAGCACAAGUUACGGCAACUGGACAUGUCACAGAACUCCUUGGAGGGACACUUCCCAAAUUGGUUGGUUAAAAACAACACGUAUCUGGAAGGUCUUGUUCUAAGGAACAACUUGUUUGUCGGUAUGCCACUGUAUAGGAAUGCUAAUAUGCUGGAGUUGGAUAUGUCUGGGAAUGGAAUGAUAGGUAUUAUUCCUGACGAUAUACCAAAGUUCUUUCCCAACAUGGGGCAUUUGAAUUUGUCCAUGAAUAGUUUAAGUGGUGUUAUCCCAUCCUCAGUUGGUGAAUUGAGUGAAUUAGUGAUGCUGGAUUUAUCAGACAAUGAGUUAUCAGGAGAAAUACCAAAGGGAUUGUUUACAAACAUCUCUAAGUUGAAUUUGUUAAAACUAUCAAACAACAAAUUGCAUGGCGAGGUACUCUCAGGAAGCUUAAGCUGGGGUUGGCUCCAAUUUCAAGUUAUCAUGAUAGGGUUUUCCUUUAGUUCCUAUUUCAAUAACGGGAGGAUUCUACGGUGGUCGUUUUCUAGCAACUUCGACUUCAAUGCAUUCGAAACAGAUGAUGAAGUUGAGUUUACAACAAAAAGGCUCUUUCUCAGCUACAAGGGAGACAUACUUGAUUACAUGGCGGGAUUGGAUUUUUCCUGUAACAAGCUAACAGGUGAAAUCCCACAACAACUUGGAUUCUUAACCCAACUUCGUGCUUUAAACCUGUCUCACAAUCAGCUGACUGGACCCAUUCCUGUGAGCUUCUCAAAUCUUACAAAAAUAGAGAGCUUGGACCUUUCUUCAAAUGGUUUGACCGGAAAUGUUCCAUCAGAACUGAUUAAGCUUACCUCGCUAUCUACUUUCAUUGUUUCUCACAACAAUCUAUCAGGCAGACUCCCAGAAUUUACUGCACAGUUUGGUACCUUCUCGGAGGCAAGCUAUGAAGGGAAUCCACUUCUUUGUGGACCACCACUCGUGAAGAAAUGCACAACUACUAAUUCACAGCUGACCAAUCCAUCAGAUGAAGAAGAAGACAAUGAGAAAUGGUAUGAUAUCGAUAUGACAUGCUUCUACGGAAGUUCUAGUUCCACAUGUUUUGUCUUCUUAUCGGGAUUUGUUGCAAUUCUUUACACCAAUCCUUGGUGGCGUAGAAGGUGGCUAGACUGGGUUGAAGAUUGUAUGUUUACAUUUUAUUACUCCCUUUCUGAUCUGGCAAGGAAGCCUUCCCUGACCAUUCAUAAGCAGGACCUCCAUUAGAAUGCGUGAUAAAAUAAAUGCAAACUUGUUUGUAUGUGUAUUCAUAUGUAUGAUGAUGUAUAAAGAAAGAUUCGACUAA